UCGGAAAUAAUGAGCUCUGAGCUCGUUCCGUGGGGUAACGUCUGGCUGUCUCGUCAGAGACUGCAGCAGAUCAAACAGUGAAACACACACACACACACACACACACACACAUACAGUUCCCUGGCCUCCCGUGAUUCUGAGUUCCAACUCCCUUUCAUCUUGCCCUCCCUCCCCAUAAUUAUGACCUGGAGCGGCUACGAGCUAAAAGGGCACGCGGCUGUCCAGAGGAGUAAUUAGGCUUUUGUGAGUGACUGUACGACAGUUUGAGUCGGCCUGAACGUCUCUUGCGAUAAAAAUCCGCGUGCAGGAGUAAGAAGUGCAGUUACAGUUUCCUCCACGCAGCUGUAGUAGGAGUUUUUUAAGCGCUGCCUCGCUGCCAUGAAGACGCUUGAUGUUGUCAUUGUCUUGGUCUGUAUCAACGCCAGGGAGUGCCGUGGAAUGUUGUCUACUAUAAGAAAAAGGAACAGCCUAGAUCUGCUUGGUGACUCGGUCGGACCCCUGCUGGUGAGAGCGGGUGAGCUGGCGAGGGGCAGCAUGGAGAGCUGUGACCUACUGCUGGCUGCUGCCCAUCGCAUGUCUCCUGUUGUGACAUUCCGUGAAUAUUUUUUUAAGGAAAUGCGAGCAGCAGCUGUCACCGAGAUUAAUUCACUGGGUUACUCUGCGGACCAGCGGCCAACGAGUGAGGCGGAUCACCGGAGAGAGGUCCAUUCCCGAGGCUUUCCAGAAGUGUGGAGGCAGAGUAGAGCAAAGUGCCGGGUCAUUGUUAUGGACAAUGUCAUCGCCAAUGCAACGCUCAUCAACGAGUUCCUGUCCUGGGCAAUGCUGUGGCGGCAGCCUGAGACCCGUCUGGUGUUUGUAGGAAGGGUUCAAGAUAUGGAUGUGUUCUUAGACCACUCGCACAACGCCUUGCGUAACACCCGCCACGCGGUGUUUGUCGCUCUGCCGCUCAACGAUCCUGGUGCUGCCGCUACAGGAAAUACUCGUAAUGGUGUGGAGAUCUACCAGCGCUGUUUGUACUGCAACAGAAGCCGCGCUGGAGUGCAGCGACUGCAACAUCACGGAAAGUAUUCAGUGAUGGCCGAGAGACAAGCAUUACUUCCAGAACACCACGAACACAGAGAAGACUUCCGGGGCCACAGGUUCAAGGUGGUAGCCAUGGAGUACUUCCCCUACAUCAGCUACGAGAGGCUGCAGGGCGACAAGAACCCAACGCUUCGCCUCAGAGAUUCCCUCAACACUCGCAUGAUUACUGUUCUCGCGCAGCAUCUCAACUUCACGUACGAAGUGAUGGAGCCCGAGGAUUGUCAGUGGGGCCUGGAAGCGAGUGGAGGCAACUGGACGGGCAUCGUGGGCACACUGCAGCACGAAAAGGCAGACUUCUCCAUGGACCUCACCCUCACGUCCGAAAGGGCGACCGCGGUGAAUUUCUGUCGAGUGUACAUCGAUGAGAAUAUGGUCAUCUUGUCUUCCAAACCUCGCCCUCCUCCUGAAUACCUGUCGCUCAUCAAGCCUUUCGAAGGUAUCGUGUGGCUAAUCGUAGUGGUGAGUGUGAUGGUGUGGGGCGUGAUGCUGUGGUGUUUGUUAAGGAUCAGGAACCGAGUAUCGCAGGGGUCCAGCAUGGACAUCGCAUCAUCUCUAUUCUAUGGCUGGGGGUUGCUCUUGGAGGAUCGACCUUACGAGCCUCCUGCCAAUCUUACGGGUCAGACGAUGGGACCAGAGGAAGGGAUGAGGAAGGUACUAGCGGGGGAUUUCUCCUAUAUCCACAACUAUUACGUGAUGCGCAUCCUGCUGGCCACUCACCAGCAGGGCGCGGCCACCAUCCCUGUCCACAUCAGCACUACCAAAUACCCUCUCUUCCCCGGCAACACCUGGGCAUUUCGGCCUGGCUCCCCGUUCAUCACUCGGUUCAAUGAAGGCAUUCAGCGACUCCUGGACGCGGGACUCAUUGACUUCUGGAUGGAGGACGUCAUCUUUACCAACGUGACCAAAAGGCGCAUACAGGAGAAGGGAUCAGAAGGGAAGAUUAAUCUGUCUAAUGCGAACAGCCACUCCCAGGUGGUGCUGGGGUUACUUCACCUGCAGGUCACCUUCUACCUGCUGUUUAUUGGCCACACAGCAGCUGCCUUCGUCUUCCUCACCGAGCACGCACUAGCUCGACGAUGACCACCAAGGAGUUACGUAUGUAUCGUGACGGAUUGAAGUGAAUUUCAUUUUUUUUACUUUGGGUGAGUUAAGUACAAGUUAGGUUUGUUCAUAUUCUUUUUUAUGCAAGAGGGAAGCCCCCC